AUGAAGUUUAAUAUGAAAAAGGCGGGACCGCUUUUGGCAUGGAUAAACACCAUGUUUCCAGACAAGCAGCUCUCGGAGGUCAUUCCCUCGAGAGAUGGGUUCACGCUCCUGAAGAUCUGCUUCAAACUAAGAGGGAUGGAGAGCACUGAGGAUUAUAAGACUUUAUCCCUCUGUAAGAAAGUGGAAAUCAUCUUCAAUGUUUUGCGGGAUGACUUUGACCUCACCCAAAGACAAAGUUCACUCAUCUUACAGAAGAUCAGUGCAGGGACUGACCUGGAGCUUCAGCUGGCCAAGGUGGCGCUUCUGCUUUGUUACUGCACUUUUAAAAAGAGCAUCUUUCUCCCCAUGGAUUCAAAUAUAGAGUCGGAAAUUACAUCCAUGUUUCGUUUUAUAAAAGAUGACGCUGAUGGUCUGUCUUUAGACGAAGGCCUAGAUCAGUUUCUAGACCAAUACUCUGUUAUGAACGUUGUGAACUCCAGCAGUAUGAGCAGUGGCAGCUCUCUGUUAAACACAGAUGACGAGUCUCCGAUCGUGAGCCGGUUCCAACGGCUUCCUAGAGUUCAGUUUCAAGAGCUUUGCACAGUGGCUUCCAGCUCGGACCGCUCUCCAGUGCAGGACGUAAUGAGCACCCCACAUUUCCAGUUAAAGAAACUCCGGAAAGACUUGGCACAUGAGGGAGACGUGAGAGACGAGCUGGAGAAAGAACUGGCCGAUCAGAUCAGCAUCAUCUCAGAGAAAGAGGGUCUGAUUUCGCAGUUACAGCACAGGGUGGAGCGAAUGCUGCGGGAACAAGGAGAGCUGGAGAAGGACCAUAAAACUGCGCUGCUGGAGCUCCAGGAGAAGAACGAGAGUCUUCUCCACAGAGUGCAUGAGGUUCUAAAGCAAUGCCAAGACUUAAAAACAGACAACUCCCAAAAAGAGAGAAAGAUUGAUGAACUGGCAGAGGAGAAUGGAACACUUAAUGCACAGGUGCGAAACGCCUUCGCUCAGCUUGCGAGAGCCGAUGAGGAAGUUGCCAAACUCACGAUGGCUCACGAAUUGGCACAAACUGAGUGGAAGAGCAGAAAGGAAUUUUUGGAGAAGGAGUUAAAUGAGGCCGUCACACACAGGGAUUGUCUGAGUGAACAGGUUCAGAUCCUUCAGGGAAAGAUCUCCGUUCUGGAGGAUGAACUCCAGAAAGCUAAAUCUCAAGAGAAAGGGGAGGUUCUGGGGCCCAUCUUGGAGUGGGAGAAGCUUAAACAGGAGUUGGCAGAUCUGACUCUUAAACUCGCCCAGCUUCAGGACACUAUUUUCCAUCUUGAGAAGGAGAAGGCAGAAGUUGAGGCUUUGCUGGCUGAGGAGAGAGGCUCUUUUGAAAAGGAAACCAAAAGACUACAAAUGGUGGUGUUCGAUCUGGAGCAGUCCAUCAAUAGCAUCCGUUUAGAGAGAGAAACACUACAGGAGGCUUUAUGGACACAGAAGGAAAUGCUUACUGCACAGAUAUCAGCUCUGGAAAGUGAUGUUUCUCGCCUGCAACAGGUGGAAGUGCAGUUGACGUCAGAGAUAAAAAUCUCUGCUGACCUUCGCCAACAAAGAGAAGAACUGGAGGGGAAGGUUGCCUCUUUAGAUGAGAUGGUUAAUGCUCUUCACGCUGAGAUCCAGGGUUUAGAAGAGGAGAGAGCAUCACAGCAGGACGCCCUGAAUGUCCUUAUCGUUGACUUGCAAAGCACCAGAGCCACCAUUCAGGAAUAUGAGAAGAAGCUGGAAGAGCAUCAAAAAGUUGUACAAGAAAAUGAAUCCCUGAAAAAGGAAGCUUGCACAUUGCAGCAUGAGCUUGAUGAGCAUCUGCAGACCAGUAGAGACCUUCAGGAGCAAAUACAUAUUCUCAGACAGGAGAAAACGGGGGAGGAGAAUAAGGUUAGUCAGGCUUUGGACAAAAUCGAAAGCCUCCGAACGCAAAUUCUGGAUCUGUCCGAACAGAUUUCCCUAAAAGAUGAAGAAAUCAGAAAUCUGAGGAAUGAGUAUGACUCUUUAGGCAAUGAAUUAAAGCUUGUGAAGGAACAAAAUAUUGAAAUUAACGAAAUGAUCAGAUCAAAUCGCAAAGAGCAUGAGGAGACUGUUAAGAAACUUCAGCAAGAGCUUGACUCUGCUUCUUCAGCUGCUUUAGAAAAACAAGAAGAAAUGCUGGUUCUCUCAGUGGAGGUAACAUCUCUUAAAGAGCUGAUCUUUCGUUACAGUGAAAAUGAAGUGCAAAAACAACAAGAAUUGUCUUUUUUAGAGGCACAGCACAACGUGUUAAAGGAAAACAUGACAUCUAUUCAGAACCAGUUGGCUGAGGUGACCGCUACAGCUUCACAGAAGGAAUCUGAGCUCCACUUGCUUCAGCAGGAGCUUUGCCAUCAAGAAACCCUCAGAGAAAAAGCUCAGGAUCUUGAGAAAGCCAGGCGUGAGGAGCUUGAGAGGACCGUGAGUGAACUUCAGGCCACAAUCCUAGAGGUCACCUCUCUUGUCUCACAGAAAGAAGCUUACCUAAGUUCUCUUCAAGAUGAGAUGAAGGAUCAGCAGUUGAGGGCCAAACAGUGUGAAGAUGAUCUACGCAAUGAGCUGAAGGAGAAGGUUGGAAAUCUACAGGAGCUUCUAGACACUGCUAAUCGUGAUGCUGCAGACAAAGACCACCUUCUGCAGUCUUUGAAUUCGAAGCUGAAGCAGAUUGAAUUGCUGUGCCAACAAAAAGAGAAAGAUGUCAUUGAUAUACAUCAAGUGAAGGAAGACCUAGAAAAGAGGAUUAAUGAACAAAAACAACUACUGGAUGAGUACCAGCAGAAUUUAGAAAUCUUGAGAAAAGAAAAAGACCAUCUUUCCACUCAAGGAUCAUCUCUCCGAGAGGAAAUCUGCCGUUCCCAGCAAGAAAUGUCUGUGUUACAGGCUGACCGUGACGUUUUGAAGGAAAAUCUGGCUGCUCUUCAGUAUCAGAUGGUGGAGCUGACAACCACAGUUUCCCAAAAGGAAUCUGAGCUCCUCUUGCUUCAACAGGAGCUUUCCUAUCAAGAGACCCUGAGAGAAAAAGCUCUGGAGCUUGAGACAAUCAAACGUAAAGAGUUUGAGAAAAAAGUGAGUGAGCUUCAGGCCAAAAUUCUAGAGGUCUCCACUCUCGCCUCUCAAAGAGAGGCUCAAGUAAUUUCCCUUCAAAAUGAGAUGAAGGAUCAACAGAUGCUUGCCAAACAGUCUGAAGAAGAUCUUCGCAGAGAGCAGGAAGAGAAAGUUGGCACCCUUCAAGGAGAACUAGAUAUGGUCAAUCGUUGUGCUGCGGAUAAAGAAAAACUGCUGGGCUCUUUGGAUCAAAAGCUUAAAGAGAUGGAAGAGCUUUUCCUUCAAAAAGAGAAAGAUGUCCUUGAAAUGCAUCAGGCAAAGGAGGAGCUGGAAAAGACGAUUGUUAAACUUCAUGUUGACAAUCAAGAGCUUUCGGAGCGCCUGCAGAAUCAGGAAAUAUUGAGGAAGGAAAGAGACCACUUGGCAACUGAAGUAUCCUGUCUUAAAGAUAAAAUUUGUGGCUACCAGGACACUGAAGUGCAGAAGCAACAGGAGAUAUCCGUUUUAGAGGCUGAACGCAACACAUUUAGGGAGAAAAUGGAUGCCCUUGAGAAGAAAUUGAUGGAGGAAACAACUGCAGCUUCACAGAAGCAAUCUGAACUUGUCUUGCUUAAAGACAAGGUUCACCAACAAGAGAUCCUUAGAGAAAAGGAUCAGGAACUUGAGACUGCCAAGCGUGAGGAACUUGAGAGAAUGGUUAGUGAACUUCACGUUAAAAUCCUAGAGGUCUCCACACUAGCCUCCGAAAGGGAGGCUUGUGUUAAUUCUCUUCAAGAUCAGUUGACGGAUCAGUUGAAGGCUAAACAGUCUGAAGAUGAUCUCUGUAGUGUGCUGAAAGAAAAGGUUGAGAGCCUUCAGGGACAAUUGGAAACUGCCAGUCGUGGCGUCUCAGACAAAGACCAACUUCUGCAGACUUUGGAUCAGAAGCUGAAGCAGAUGGAUCUGCUGUGCCAACAAAGAGAGAAAAAUGUCCUUGAUAUGCAUCAGGUAAAGGAUGACAUGGAGAAGAAGAUUGGUGAGCUUGUUGUUGAGAAACAACAGCUGCUGGAGUACCAGCAGACUUUGGAAAUGGUGAGAAAGGAAAGAGACAUUAUGUCAACUGAAAUAACCUCUCUCAAAGAUGAAAUCCAAAAUUACAGAGAAAGGGAAGUGCAGAAGCAACAAGAAAUUUCGUAUUUAGAGGCUGAGCACAACACAUUAAAAGACAACUUGGCUGCUCUUAAGACACAAGUGGUGGAGUUGACAACUACAGCCUCUCAGAAGGAAUCUGAGCUUCUGUUGCUUCAAAAUGAGGUUUGUGAUAAAGAGAACAUUAAAGAAAAGGCUCAGGAGCUUGAGAAAGAUGUAAGUGAACUUCAGGCUAAAAUCCUGGAGGUCUCCACUCUUGCUUCUGAGAGGGAAGCUCAAAUAAGUUCUCUUAAAGAGGAAAUAAAUGAUCAGCAAUUAAGGGCCAAACAGUCUGAAAAUGAUAUCCACAGAGUGCUGGAAGAUAGGAUUGAAUCCCUACAGAAGCAACUAGAAACUACCAGCCGUGACAUUACAGAGAAAGAUCGUCUUUUGGAGUCCUUGGAUCAGAAGCUGACACAGAUUAAGUUGUAUUGCCAGCAAAAGGAAAAAGAUGUCAUUGAGAUCCAACACUCAAAGGAAGACCUGGAGAAGAGGAUUGGUGAGCUUCUUUUUGAGGAACAACAAAAACUUGAGGAGUACCAGCAGAAUUUGGAAACCGUGAGAAAAGAACGAGAUCACCUAUCAACUGAAGUAAGCUCUCUCAAAGAUGAAAUCCAAGGUUACCAGAAAAAUGAAGUGCAGAAGCAACAGGAGAUGUUUGUUUUAGAGGCAGAAUACAACACAUUAAAGGAGAACUUGGUUGCUCUUAAAAUUCAAGUGGUGGAUUUGACAACUUCAGCUUCUCAAAAGGAAUCUGAGGUUCAGAUGCUUAAAAAGGAGGUUUGUGAACAAGAGAACCUUAGAGAAAGGGCUCAGGAGCUUGAGAAAGAUGUUAGUGAACUUCAGGUUAAAAUUCUAGAGGUCUCUACUCUUGCUUCUGAGAAGGAAGCACAAAUAAGUUCUCUUAAAAAUGAAAUAAAUGAUCAGCAGUUAAGGGCCAAACAGUCUGAAGAUGAUCUACGAAGAGUGCUGGAAGAGAAGAUUGAAACCCUUCAUGGACAAUUGGAAACUGGCAGCCAUGUCGUCUCCGACAAAGACCAACUUCUACAAACUUUGGAUCAGAAGCUGAAGCAGAUGGACGUGCUGUGCCAACAAAGAGAGAAAGAUGUCCUUAAUAUGCAUCAUGUAAAUGAUGACUUGGAGAAGAAGAUUGGUGAGCUUGUUGUUGAGAAACAACAGCUGCUGGAGUGCCAGCAGAAUUUGGAAAUGGUGAGAAAGGAAAGAGACAUUCUGUCAACUGAAAUAACCUCUCUCAAAGAUGAAAUCCAAAAUUACAGAGAAAUUGAAGUGCAGAAGCAACAGGAGAUUUCAUCUUUAGAGGCUGAUCACAACACAUUAAAAAACAACUUGGCUUCUCUUAAGACGCAAAUGAUGGAGCUGACAAUUACAGUUUCUCAGAAGGAAUCUGAGAUUAUGUUGCUUCAAAAGGAGGUUUGUGAUAAAGAAAACUUUAAAGAAAAGGCUCAGGAGCUUGAGAAAGAUGUUAGUGAACUUCAGGCUAAAAUCCUGGAGGUCUCCACUCUUUCUUCUGAGAGGGAAGCACAAAUAAGUUCUCUUAAAGAGGAAAUAAAUGAUCAGCAGUUAAGAGCCAAAAAGUCUGAAAAUGAUCUCUGCAGAGUGCUGGAGGAGAAGAUUGAAACCUUACAGAAACUACUAGAAACUACCAGUUGUGACAUUACAGAUAAAGAUAAACUUUUGGAGUCCUUGGAUCAAAAGCUGACACAGAUGGAACUGCUGUGCCAACAAAGGGAGAAAGAUGUCCUGGAGAUGCAUCAGGCUAAAGAGGACCUAGAAAAGAGGAUUGUUGAGAUUAAUGUCGACAAACGUCAACUUGAUGGGUACCAGCAGAGUUUGGAGAUGCUGAGGCAAGAAAAGGACCAUCUGAGUUCUCUCAAUCAGACUCUCCAGAGGGAGUGUGACGCCUCCCAAAAGAUUCGAGCUGAGCUGGAGUUGAUGGUAAAAGAGCAAAAUGUUUCUAUCCUUGCUCUUAAAAAGGAUUCUCAAAAGUGUGAGGAAAAGAAUCAGGAACUCCUGGAGCAGUUGAAGACCAAGUCAGAAGCAGUAGAACACUACAAAGCACAGGUGGAGAAGGCCAAGAAUCACUACAAUGGUAAAAAGCAGCUGCUGGUGGAAGCUCAGGAGCUCAACAAAGCUCUCGAACAGUCGUUGGAGGCCAGCAAGAGGGAAGUCAAAGACCGGGAGAUGGAACUGGCAUUGGCUCGCAUUGAACUAGACCAGGCUCACACCAAAGAGAAGAAACUUGCGGCCAAAGUGAAAAGCUUAGAGGCACAAGUGGACUUUGCUGACAGGCAACUGCGAGAGAAGAGGAUGAUGACAGAUGACAAAGAGAACAUGAGACACAGAGAAAGUCUGUACAUCAGAGUCCCAGAAAAACAGCAGGACACGAGUACAGACAGCUUGGAGUUUGAGCUGAAUGAUUCACUCAAUGCUAACAGUCAUUCUGCAGUACCAGGUGAGUCCAGCACUCCACUGGUUCGUAGCUCUGAGCGCUUGGCUGCUAAACGUCGUGCCUUGGGGGCCGAAUCCCUGGAGACUCUCUACUUCACGCCUUUGAGUCAACAAGGCAAAAUGCGUAAAGAGUCCCGCCAUGAUGCCUUUGAACACAAACUAGAGUCCAGCAUCACUUCCAUUGACGAUUUUGCAGUUGACUCUGCAAAGAAGUUGACCGCUUCGGCUAGAAGGCGACGUACUACGCAAGUUAUCAACAUCACCUUGGCUAAGGCAUCAGGAAGUGCUGAAGAAGAGGAGUCGUUUUCUAGUCUGCACUCUGCCCGAUCUCAGCCCAACUUGGCAGUUCAGCAUUCACGGCCGUUCUCCAUGGACUUCUCUGAGGAAAGUGCUGCAACUUUAUCGAAAGCAGACACCCUUCAGAAUCUGCCUGGAUACCGCAGAAGCACCGUGCAAAACGUUAACCCACCAAGAGCCACCAGUACGUUCUGUAUUGGCGCAGAGAAUGAACCAGAACAUGUUUCUGACGACUGGAUGCGCAUCGCAGAAUUGCAGACACGAAACAAAGCCUGUCUGCCCCAUUUAAAGAGCAGCUACCCGCUGGAGUCCAGGCCUAGUCUGGGUCCCUCGUUCACCGUAACAGAUGAGGACCUGCGUUUGGGAGACCCGGAUGAGACGAUCCGACGUGCGUCCAUGAUGCCAAGUCAGAUCCUGGAGUCCCUGAACUCUCGCCGCUUCUCUCUUGCACCGAGUUCGAGCCAGAGCUCAGCAAACUCCCAGCCUCAGCGUGCCACCAUGUUGCCGGGUCAGAUCCGGUCCAGCACUGCUGCUCACCGGGCUGCUCAGCUCACAAAAACAAGCUCACGUGCUUCAGAAAAUAAACGCAGCCCAUUGGCUCCCAAACGGCCUGGAUCCCAACUGCAAGGUCCAGACACGCCUGAGGCAAAGAAGUUGGCAAGUUGCUUCCCACGACCAAUGACACCUAAAGCCAGGUUCGGCAACAGUCAAAACAGACCUCCAAAGUCACCGGCCGAGCGAAGGCAAUCUCUGAUGUUCACUGUUGAAAAUACUCCAAAGAACAGCGGUCGUGGUGACAGCAGGCUCCAGCGUGGCCUCAACAAGCUGCGUAACAGCGCACGCAAAUCUCCCGCCGUGGCCAGUCGUGCCCUGCGUUCGGCGAUGGGUGCCAAGUCUCCUCUGGACUCCACUCGGAGAAAAUCUCCCCGAAACAAGUCGCCCAAAUCCUCCAAUGCCAAAAAGAUGAAGUUCAGGGUUAAGGUUUAAAUUGGAGGAUUCAACUGCAAAGUCAUCAGUUCCCUUUUCUUUUUUAUUUGUUUAUCUUUUCU